AUGCAACCCACAGCCAUUCUCACAACCGUCGCCUUCCUAGCUACAACAGUAUUAGCACAGAAAUACACCACCACCGCCGGCUUCCCCCUUCCCGAUCCAAAUACAAGUUGUCCCAACAACGUCUACUGCGUACGUCCCACCCAUUGCAUUCCCUUCAAAACACAUUACAGCAAUCAACCUCCCAUCGCCCUAAAAGAUCCCCCUCCACACUAUCCUCCCAAGAACCAACACGGCAGUACAAGUACUAACCAAGAUCCUUGCUUCUAGGGUUCGAAAGACAAGUCUCCAACCAAUGGUGCAUUCAUAAUCCUUCGAACCGACUGUCAAGUGAUCCUUCUAUACGAGAAGGAUCCGGCGAAGAAACCGAAGGAAUUUGGCUGUGUGGGUGUAGGUGACAAUGGUCAAGGUGAAGUUGGCGUACGUGUCUAUGCUAAUCUCUGGUUCUCGUCUAUGGUACUAAUGGGAUACUGAAUCUAGAAAUUCGUUUGCUGUAGUUAG